UCGUGUAAGAUACAAGCUCGUCGCGAUCCGUGAAUACUGAAUAUCCACGGGCCUCUCCUCGACGUGUCGAUCGACGACGACGAGAAACGUGAUCGAGAACGUUGCGUGCGCAAAAGGAACAGGACGACCGCCACGGAAGGAGAGAGGAGAGAGGUAGUGGGCGGAGUUUACGUCUGUGUGUUGUGUGAAGUUGGCGACGGAGACGCGCGUGCGGCGCGAUUUGUCUCGGAGUGAAGAACGACCGGCGUUUCUCGAGUAUUUUCCGGAGAUCGUUGUUCCCCGAAGGAGGAAUGCGUUGAUCGCACGUCAGCGUGGAUACGGGUUAUGAGAUCGCGAGGACAGGCUUCGUGAGAUCGGACAGCCGUAAAUAAGGUGGAUGCGCACGCGGGGACAACGACGGAUCGUCAGGAGCGAGGAAGGAAGAGGGAUCGUGACGCGGCGGCCGGUGAGGGAGGCAAAUGCAUGGGACGUUCUGAUUGGCCGCGGCGGCUGCUAUGGCCGCCGAUUGGCGUACCGCACGCAUAUACCCGAGGGCACAGCACGGACGCGCACCUACACCCGCGAGCCGCGUAGCAGUCGCUCGAGCGACCGAGGACAGUGAGAAGAGCGACGGAAACGGUCGGUUCGCGCGCGUCGUCCUCGCCGUCGUCGCCGCCGUCGCAGUCGCUAUUUCCUUCUGAGGUGGAAAGCUUCGUGUGCGACGUUCGUGGCGCGGAUGGCUCGGAGAACAACGCCGAUCUUCAGCCAUAGCGAGCCGUAGAACUUGACCGAACAUCAUCACGAGAGGGAGAGAGAAAGAUUAUAUAUAUAUAUAUAUAUACACACAUAUAUAUAUAGAUAUAUACAUAGUGUGCUGACUCGAGGGGAGGAGUGCGGUCCGGGCGCGACGCCGACCGUCUCGACAUAACCGCGUAUACGUAAAAUUCGACAAUCCGUCAAUGUUAGAGCCGCCGGAGGAGAUCCUAUUCUCUACUUGCCCUGUAUAUUGUGUAUACCAGAUAUUAAAAUUCGAUAAUUAGAAGUUGAUUGCCGGAGCGAAGAACGAGGAUAGAGAAGUGUAUCGCCGAGCGGGAAGCUGCUGCGUGGGAGCGAGCGAGAGCGACGGAGGGAGAAAGAGGCAGGAACGGGACGAAACGGAGCGGAGUUAAAAGCGCCGUACGACACGCAGAAGGACAAAGACCGCGGCGUUGGCAUAACCUCCAAGUCGUUCGCGCCGCGCGUUUCGUUGCAACGGAAUUAGAGAAAGAUAGAGAAUAUAUUUUUGCAAGUGUGCAACGUGCGCCUUCAACGACGAUUCUGAAGGGAGAGAGAGAGAGAGAGAGAGAGCGCGCACGUGCAUCAUCCGGCCAGCGGCAACGUCCGACAAGCUAGAAGGUGGUCGGUGGAGAUCGCGGAGGCUGGAUCAGUUUAAGUUUGUUUCGCGUUCUUCCGCGACACCUGGUAUACGAGGAUAACGCGUAGAUAGGUCCGUUACGUGCGUGUGGUGCGACACGAGUGCGCUCCGUCUAGGCGCCACGACGCGACGUAGCGAGAGUAUAAAUAAAAAAAUUAAAUAAAUAAGUGAAGAGGGGCGGCCACGUCCGAAGCAAGCACGCGAGAACCGGGAGUGAAGUAGCCCGCGAGUAUCCCCGGUUGAUGGAUGAGACUGGCAGGAUGCUGCAACACGGAGGAUCAGGUGUGGGUCUGAUGGGUGGAAACCAGGGCCAGGCGGCCCAGAAUACCGCCGGCUACGGCAGCAUGGGUCCGGUCGACGGCACCGCGGCUCAGGGCCCCGACCAAGCGGUCGAGGCCAGGAAACAGGACAUCGGCGAGAUCCUGCAGCAGAUCAUGAACAUCACGGACCAGAGUCUGGACGAGGCGCAAGCGAGAAAACACACCCUCAACUGCCACAGGAUGAAACCCGCCUUGUUUUCGGUGCUCUGCGAGAUCAAGGAAAAGACAGUUUUGUCACUGAGAAACACGCAAGAAGAGGAGCCGCCAGAUCCGCAGCUAAUGAGGCUGGAUAACAUGCUGAUCGCCGAGGGAGUUGCUGGACCAGAGAAGGGCGGUGGUGCGGGGGCCGCUGCAUCGGCAUCCGCGGCAGCUGCGGCCGGUCCACCCGGGCAACCGGACAACGCGAUCGAGCAUUCGGACUACAGGGCUAAACUAGCUCAGAUUAGGCAAAUUUAUCAUCAGGAAUUAGAAAAAUACGAGCAGGCCUGUAACGAAUUCACUACUCACGUAAUGAACCUGUUGAGGGAACAGAGUCGUACCAGGCCGAUCACGCCUAAAGAAAUUGAAAGGAUGGUCCAGAUUAUCCACAAGAAGUUCUCAAGCAUCCAGAUGCAGCUGAAACAGUCCACUUGCGAAGCUGUGAUGAUCCUGAGGAGUCGAUUUUUGGACGCUAGACGUAAAAGAAGAAAUUUCAGCAAACAGGCGUCCGAAAUUCUGAACGAAUACUUUUAUUCUCACCUCAGUAAUCCCUACCCAAGUGAAGAGGCCAAGGAAGAACUUGCACGAAAAUGCGGAAUUACCGUGAGUCAGGUAUCGUCCAUUAUCUUUUCUUAUAUAUGUAUAGGUAUAUUAGAUGAUGAAUUUUUGCAACUUAUAUUCGGUGCCACGCCAUGA